AUGUCUUACCAACAGCAGCAGUGCAAGCAGCCCUGCCAGCCUCCUCCUGUGUGCCCAACUCCCAAGUGUCCUGAGCCUUGUCCUCCUCCACAGUGCCCAGAGCCCUGUCCUCCACCAAAGUGCCCUGAACCUUGUCCUCCUCCAAAGUGCCCUGAGCCUUGUUUUGAGCCAUGUUCCCCUCCCUCAUACCAGCAGAAAUGCCCUCCUGCACAACCUCCUCCACCAUGCCAGCAGAAGUGUCCACCUAAGAACAAGUGA